AUGGGUUGUGGUGCAUCAGUGACAACAGAUAAAUCUGUUGUAAAUUCCACUACUCCUAUCAAUAUAAGUUCACCCACACAUCCUCACCGUUCUCAAGUCUCUAUCACGAACGGAGAAAAAGGUCAGCAACGUGUACAAUCCCAAGAUCUUGUACAAAAUUAUUUUCUACUUUGGCUCGAUGGUAAUCUAGAUGAGUCAGACGAAGAUUUUCAAAAUUCAAUUAAGCAAUUGCAACUAACCGUCGAUACGAUUGAGAAAUUUCGUGAUGCCGAUGAAUGUCUUAACUAUAUUUCAAGUUUCAAAAAUCAUAAAGCUUUUCUUAUUGUAUCUGGGACUCUCACUGAAAAUGUCUUACCACGUGUUCACGGCAUGUCUCAAAUUUAUGCAAUCUAUAUAUUUUGUCGCAAAAAAUCAAAAUACGAACAAUGGAAAACGAAAGAGUGGCCGAAAGUAAGAGGUGUAUUCACGGAAAUUCACUCGAUUUGCGCUUCUGUUCAGCAAUCAGCUCGAGAAUGCGAUGAUGAUACUGUUGGAAUUACUGGUGAAUUAGAAUCAUCAUUUAUGUAUACAACAUUUUUCAAAGAAAUUGUACUUGAAAUUGAUUUUGACGAAAAGAAAACAAUUCCAGAACUUGCCGAUUACGCUCGUCAACAAAAGGUGUAUGCUAAUAAUAAAAAAGGACUAGAACUCAUCAACGAAUUCGCCCAAAAAUAUCACGGUAACAUCGACAACAAUCCUGUUCGAUGGUAUACUGCCGAAUGUUUCACAUACAAAAUGCUCAACAAAGCACUUGGUAAUCUAGACGUUAAUACUUUACUCAAAACAGGUUUUUUCAUGCGUGAUCUUCAUCAAAAUAUCCAACAACUCCAUGACGAACAAUUGAAUGACAAGGAUAAGUCAUUUCCAAGUAUAGUUUACCGUGGUCAAACUAUGACACAACAAGACUUCGAAAUCAAAAUCCAACCAGACAAACUCAUGUCUUAUAAUAACUUCUUAUCAACAAGUGAACUAAGAAAUGUUGCUGUUGGUUUCAUUCGUCGAAAACUUCCAAGCGACAACACUAAAAUUGGUCUCCUUUUUAUCAUAACAAUUGAUCCACCAAUAAAAUCGGUUCCAUAUGCUCGCAUCGCUAAAUUCAGCAAAUUUCCAGACGAAAAAGAAAUUCUCUUUUCAACGCACACUGUAUUUCGGGUUGGACAAAUCAAAGAAAUCCAAGAGGAAGAAAUGAAGAUAUGGCAAGUCAAACUUACACUUACUAGUGACGGUGUCGAUGAACAGUUGAGUGCGCUUACAGAACAAAUACGGAUAGAGAUCACUGGUACUGGUUGGCAACGAAUGGGCAUAUUGUUAUGGAAAAUGGGUGAGAAUGAUAAAGCAGAACAAGUUUUUACGAUGUUACUUGAUCAAGAACCCGAUGAUGUCAAUAAUAAAGCAUAUUGUUAUAACGCAAUUGGACUCAUGAAAGAUAAACAAGGACAAUAUAAUGUAGCCAUCGAGUUUUACGAAAAAUCACUCGAUAUCAACGAAAAAAUUCUCCCUCCGAAUCAUCCCUCAUUGGCUACUUCAUACAACAACAUCGCUUCGGUACAUAAGAACAUGGGUGACUACUCGAAAGCACUUGAAUUUUACGAAAAAGCACUUAAAAUCGACGAAAAAACUCUCCCUCCGAAUCAUCCUCAUUUGGCUACCUCCUACAACAACAUCGGUCUAGUGUAUAACAACAUGGGUGACUACUCGAAAGCACUUGAAUUUUACGAAAAAUCACUUAAAAUAAGAGAAAAAGCUCUACCACCGAAUCAUCCCGAUUUGGCUACUUCCAACGACAACAUCGGUCUCGUGUAUAACAACAUGGGUGACUACUCGAAAGCACUUGAAUUUUACGAAAAAGCACAUAAAAUCUACGAAAAAGCUCUGCCUCCGAAUCAUCUCGAUUUGGCUAUUUCCUACAACAACAUCGGUUCUGUGUAUGACGACAUGAAAGACUACUCGAAAGCACUCGAAUUUUACGAAAAAGCACGUAAAAUCUACGAAAAAGCUCUGCCUCCGAAUCAUCCCGAUUUGGCUAUUUCCUACAACAACAUCGGUUUGGUGUAUGACGACAUGGAUGACUACUCGAAAGCACUUGAAUUUUACGAAAAAGCCCAUAAAAUAAAAGAAAAAGCUCUGCCUCCGAAUCAUCCCUCAUUGGCUACUUCCUACAACAACAUCGGUGCGGCGUAUUCCGGCAAAGGAGACUACUCAAAAGCACUCUCAUUCUUAGAAAAGGCACUUUCUAUAUGGCAAAAAUCACUUUCAUCUAACCAUCCUAAUAUUAGAAAGGUCACAAAUUCAAUUGACAAUGUAAAAAAGAAAAUGUAA